ACACCUCCCGUCAGUUGAACAUGGCGCUGAGCUGGAGAGCUGUCACCAGACCACGGAGCAAAACAAACGCCGCCAGGACCACAGCGCAGCUCUGAAGAAGUCAGCGACGGACUCCCCCCGCCUCCGCUCACCCUCCCGACAUCUCGCGUUCGUUCCGUCCCCUGCGCCUUCCUCCGGCUCUCCGUCGAUUUGCGCCGGAGAAUACCGGGAGUUGACAGCUGAGGACCCGCGCUCGGCUAGCGUUUACCUGGACCGCCUCCACCGCAUAAUGUUCGGCAGCCUCUUUCGCUAACUGGCGUUAACGCAUCCGGUGGGAGCCGCCUAUCGAUCCGCGCAAACGCUCGACCGUUUAGGGUUAACUCCUGCUGCUCUCCGCGCUAUUAGCCAGUCGAUAAUAACGCAGCAUGAUUCGGUGAACUGUUGCUCCUUCUUCGCUUGUCAUUCAUGCGCGAGCAGAUCAGCUAACAGUCACUUACUCAUCCGAGCGUCUCGUGCCACCGCCGAAAUAGCUGUUUUAUGCUCAGUUUGCGUUGAACGGCGUCAAGGAAAGAAAUCAAAAUGUCAGACAACCAGAGCUGGAACUCCUCCGGCUCAGAGGACGACCUGGAGCCCCGAGAGGAGCCUGGACAUCCCGUUGGCAUCGCAGAGUUCAGCGGCGUCCUCAGUAAGUGGACAAACUACAUCCAUGGGUGGCAGGACCGUUGGGUGGUGCUGAAAAACAACACGCUGAGCUACUACAAAUCUCAGGACGAGACUGAGUACGGCUGCCGGGGCUCCCUCUGCCUUAGCAAAGCUGUUAUUACUCCUCACGAGUUCGACGAAUGCCGACUGGACAUAAGCGUCAACGACAGCGUUUGGUACCUCAGAGCUCAAGACCCCGAGCACAGACACCAGUGGAUCGAGUCUAUUGAGCUGCACAGAAGUAUCAGAGAGGGGAGGAGAGAGAAGGGAGGAGUCACUGGAACAAUAAUCAUCCCUCCACCACUGGCUGAUUCUGGUUACGGCUCGGAGUCCAGCCUGCGGAGACAUGGCUCCAUGCUGUCUCUCACAUCGGCCACCAGCGGCUACUCUGCCACCUCCACGUCCUCCUUCAAGAAGGGACACAGCCUGAGAGAGAAGCUGGCGGAGAUGGAGACGUUCAGGGACAUCCUGUGCCGACAGGUGGACACACUUCAGAAGUACUUCGACAGCUGCGCUGACGCUGUGUCCAAGGACGAGCUUCAGAGAGACAAAAUUGUGGAGGAUGACGAGGAUGAUUUCCCGAGCACCCGCACAGACGGAGAGUUUCUGCACAACAACAACGGCAGCAAAGAAAAAUUGUUUCAGUCCCUGAGUCCCAAAGGAAUCAACGGCAUAGACUUUAAGGGCGAGGCGAUCACGUUCAAGGCCACCACGGCGGGGAUCUUGGCCACCCUGUCCCACUGCAUCGACCUCAUGGUGAAGAGAGAGGACAGCUGGCAGAAGAGACUGGACAAGGAGAUGGAGAAGAGGCGGAGGAUAGAGGAGAGCUACAAGUCCACCCUCAAUGAGCUGAAGAAAAAGUCUCACUUCGGAGGUCCAGACUAUGAGGAAGGCCCCAACAGUCUGAUAAACGAGGAUGAAUUUUUUGAUGCAGUUGAAGCUGCGCUUGACAGACAGGACAAAAUUGAAGAACAGUGUCAGACUGAGAAGACGAGGAUCCAGAGGUCCAGCCCCGUUCCCACCGGAGACGUCUAUUCCAACACCGGCUCACACAGAUUCUCCAGCAAGCAACAUAGUCUGUCCUCCCCUGCUCCUCCUCCUCCUCCCCAUGAAGUCCACAGAUACAGCGCAGAGGUGGAGGAGAUGGUGCAGAGUCACAUGACCUACUCCCUGCAGGACGUCGGCGGCGAUGCCAACUGGCAGCUGGUUGUGGAAGAAGGAGAAAUGAAGGUGUACCGGAGGGAGGUGGAGGAGAACGGGAUCGUUCUGGACCCGCUGAAGGCCACGCACUCGGUGAAGGGUGUGACCGGGCACGAGGUGUGCCACUACUUCUGGGACACCGCCUACCGCAACGACUGGGAAACAACCAUCGAAAACUUCAACGUGGUGGAGACUCUGUCCGAUAACGCUGCGAUCGUCUAUCAGACACACAAGCGGGUGUGGCCGGCGUCCCAGAGAGACGUGCUGUACCUCUCCGCCAUGAGGAAGAUCAUCGCCAGCAACGAGAGCGACCCUGACACCUGGCUGGUGUGUAAUUUCUCUGUGGAUCACGACGAUGCGCAGCCAACCAACAAGUGUGUUCGUGCCAAAAUCAACAUCGCCAUGAUCUGUCAGACGCUGGUCAGCCCGCCGGAGGGAGACAAGGAGAUCAGCAGAGACAACAUCCUCUGUAAAAUCACCUACGUCGCCAAUGUGAAUCCAGGAGGCUGGGCUCCGGCCUCCGUCCUCAGGGCCGUGGCUAAGAGGGAGUAUCCCAAAUUUCUCAAGCGCUUCACCUCCUACGUCCAGGAGAAAACUGCCGGCAAGCCCAUCUUGUUCUGAGCGCCUCAGCGCUGGGACGCGGCGUGAGGCUCCCACAGCCGCUCCGGUGCCGUGAAGAAACCCAUCCCUCCCACCAACUUUCCAGCUUUUAGCUCCAACUUAGUUCCAGAGGUGGAGGACGUGCUGCGAUGGCGCCCCCUGCUGUUUGUGUUCCACACGUGCGCCGAACCUGGCUGCAUUUAAAUCCUUUGAAAAGCAGUUUAGCGCUUGUUUCUUCUGCUCAUCGUGAUUUAAUUUAUAGAAAUAGUAAAUUGAAGACUUUCAAAAUGUAGAUUAAUAGGAGUAAAAAGCAAGAAGCUAUUUUUAAACGCGUGCCGCUCGCCCGCAGACUUGAGCCAUCCUCCAUCGUCCGGCGGCCGCAGACGCGCCUGUAUACAAAUGUAUGAUGUGUAAGAAGUUUGUAAAGUAUAAGAAGGAUUGCUUAUAGAUAGAAACAUUUAGAGCCUAUUUUGUGUUGACUUUGCAGAUUAUUCUCCAGCUCUGUUCUGAGCUGCUGACUUUUCCUAGAGAAACCAGACUCGAGGCGAUCGUCGUCUCGUCUGUAUGAAGUGCAGAGGGGCUGUCAUUGACCUACGACCCCGAUGAUGUAAGACUUGGAUCCGUUCCUCUCAUGAAAACGCCGCCUCUGCUCGGUGCUGAUGGAGGAAUGAAUGACUUCCUGUACAUUAUUUGCUCGGCUUUGUACUCGUCACAGCACAUAUUUUGAAUGUGUAAAUAGGGUCGCUAACGUUUUCACUAAAAGGUCUUGGAAGCAUUUUUGUGACUACUUGAGCCCAAAUGCCUUAGAGUUAAAGGAAACUUAGAUUUGGAAAGGGGUGGGGAGCGCUCUCCAGAGCACCUUUUUGAAGAAUCACUAGUGAAGUGCCUCUCGGCUUCGUCCCCCCUGCUUACAGUCGUCUCUCCGUCUGAACGGACCACGUCGCUCGGAGCUGCUGGGAUACCUUUUCAAGAGCAGGCUGUAGUGUCGGAAGAAACGUCAGGUUUAUUUCAGUUCCAUGUGCGUGACCUGUCUGCCGGUGUUCCUGUGCUCUGUGACGGUCCCAGUGCUGAAACCGCUCCGCGAAUACGGUCACGGUUUGUCUUUGUAUCGUUGAGUUUCUGUCUCAAAAUGUUGAUUAAACACGUGCACGACUGUUA